AUGAGUACAUUGAGCUGGAACUGCCGUGGCUUGGGUAAUCCACGGACAGUUCGGGAAAUUGAGGACGUAGUGUCCCGCAAGAAACCCGAUUUUAUAUUUCUGAUGGAAACCAAGGUUAACCGAGAUCAUGCAGAGCGACUUCGGAUUAAACUGGGUUUCGAAGGCCUUUUGAAUGUGGAUAACACUGGAUUGAGUGGAGGAUUGGCUUUGUUAUGGAGAACGAAUGAGACUGCAAGAAUAAUGGGUUAUUCUAAUAACCACAUAGAUGUUGUGGUGAGUGUGCCAGGUUUUGAUAAGUGGAGGAUGACUGGGUUUUAUGGAUUCUCGAAGCGCCCCCAGAGAAGAGAGUCGUGGGAUCUUAUUCGGUCAUUGGCUAGUAGAUCGGAUCUGCCAUGGGUAAUUAUUGGAGAUUUUAAUGAUCUCUUAUAUCAGUAUGAGAAACGAGGAGGGAAUCCCCAUCCAGACAGCUUGCUACGGGGUUUUGGAGAAACUAUUGAGGAGUGUGGUUUGACACAAUUGCCAAUGUCUGGAUAUCCAUAUACUUGGGAGAAAGGAAAGGGCACGCCCAACUGGAUAGAGGAACGAUUGGAUAAGGUUUUGGCUUCUCAAACCUGGAGGGAGUUGGUGGCUGAUGCUAAUGUGCAAAAUAUAUUAACCCGGAAGUCAGAUCAUUCCUUCCUCUUCCUUGGGAUUCUCGAUCUGCGGGGAAGGAGGGGUGGUCGGAGAAGGGGUUUUCGAUUUCAGAUGGCAUGGCUACAUGAUGAGGGAUGUAGAGAGGUGGUGGAGAAAUCAUGGGGCGAGGGAAGGAGCAGAGGGUUGCAGGAGUGUGUCACUCUAUGUGGUGAUCGGUUAACACGCUGGGGUGAAGACCGAUUCCAUAAGUUUGGUGAGAAAAUAUUGAAUUUACGGAAGGAACAGUUGCGCCUGCGGAGAUGUACGGAUCCAGUAUCCCUAGCCGAGUUCCGGAGACUAGAUGAAUGUUUGGCUCGUAUUGAGUUACAGGAAGAUACGUACUGGAGGCAGAGGGCCAAGCAGCAUUGGCUUAAGGAUGCGGAUUUAAACACCAAAUUUUACCACAGUGAUGGGGAUUGGAUUGAGGGGGAUGCCAUGACGAAUGAAAUCUUGGAUUAUUAUCGUGGUAUUUUUAACUCGAGUACUCCUACUAUUGAUGAUGAGUUCUUUGGGAGUAUACAGUCACGUGUAACAAAUAUACAGAAUGAGAGUUUAUUGCGCCCUUUUGAGGAGAAGGAGGUUAAAGCAGCACUGUUUUCAAUGUAUCCUGAUAAAGCGCCAGGCCCGGAUGGUAUGAACCCUGGAUUUUAUCAACACUUUUGGGAUGUAGUGGGUUCUGAUGUCUCUACUUAUAUUCUGAAUUGUUUGAAUACUCGCUCAAUACCUGGCAAAUUAAAUGAAACGAACAUUAUUUUGAUCCCCAAGAAGAAAACCCCGGAAAUGGUUUCUAAUUAUAGGCCAAUUGCCUUGAGUAAUGUUAUUUACAGAGUUAUGGCAAAGAUAAUUACAGCCAGGAUGAAGCCACUAAUGGAGAGUAUUAUUUCUGAAUCCCAGAGUGCAUUUAUAUCUGGAAGACUAAUUACAGAUAAUAUCUUGAUAGCGGCGGAAGUUGGCCAUUUUUUGAACAGGAAACAAUGUGGACUAGCAGGUUGGGGGGCUUUAAAGCUGGAUAUGGCAAAGGCUUACGAUCGUAUGGAAUGGCCGUUUUUGGAAGGGAUGCUAAGGGCACUGGGGUUUGAUGAAAGAUGGAUAGAGUUACUAAUGAUGUGUGUAACCACUGUGUCUUACAGUGUACUGGUAAAUGGUUCGACGACUGAUCAAAUAACCCCGACUCGCGGUUUAAGACAAGGUGAUCCCCUGUCACCUUAUUUGUUUAUUAUUUGUGCUGAGGGGCUUUCAAUGUUAUUACAACAGGCACAAGCAAGAGGGGAGAUACAUGGAUGUAGAGUGGCGAGAGGAGCUCCCUCCAUUACCCACCUAUUUUUUGCUGAUGAUAGUCUGUUUUUUUUCAAAGCAAAUACUCAAGAGGCGGGUGUGGUGAAACGUUGUUUGUCGGAAUAUGAGAAGAUGUCUGGCCAGGCAGUUAACUAUCACAAAUCGAACAUUUGUUAUAGUAAGAAUACCCGAAGUGAAAUAAGGGAGGAGAUUGCUGAUAUGUUGGGAGUAAUGCAGGCUCAGAAUUUUGGAAAGUAUUUGGGGCUUCCAUCAUUUGUGGGCAGGAAUAGAAAAGUGGCAUUCUCAUAUAUUGAGGAUAAGAUAAGGCAGAGGAUAGACUCGUGGAAUAAGAAACUUUUGUCACAGGCAGGAAAAGAAGUUUUAUUGAAAAGUGUGGCACAGUCAAUGCCUAUCUUUUCAAUGAGCGUUUUUUUACUCCCUAUGACUCUGUGCACGGCCAUUGAACGAACAAUGAAUCGAUAUUGGUGGAGAUCGAGAGAUGGUCAGGGUAUUCAUUGGAAAGCUUGGGAUAAACUAUGUAUCCCAAAGGAAUAUGGAGGAUUGGGAUUCAAGGAGUUGCGUGCCUUUAACCUUGCAAUGUUGGGCAAGCAAGCGUGGCGAUUUCUGACACAGCCUAAUUCAUUGGUUUCAAGAGUUUAUAAAGCCAGGUACUAUCCCACUAAUUCCUUCUAUGAAGCAUGCUUGGGAAAUAAUCCAAGUUUUUGCUGGAGAAGUAUUUUGGCAGCACAAGAUUUGGUUUGUGGAGGGGUUAGGCGCAGGAUUGGGAAUGGCAAAUCGACUUUGAUUUGGGACCAUCCAUGGCUACAAGAUGUGAGUCACCCAAGAAUUAUAACAGAAAGGCCACCCCAAUUGGCACAGGCAAAGGUAAUGGGACUGAUGGACCAGCAGACAGGAACCUGGGAUCAGGAAAUACUAACUGAUAUUUUGAAUCCUGAGGAUGUAGAGAGGGUUUUAAAAAUACCUGUGUCACCCGAUUAUGAGGAUUUGUGGUACUGGUAUGGGGACCCAAAAGGAGAAUAUUCGGUUAAAAGUGGUUAUAGAACGAUAGUAGUGGCACUUCUAUACUAUAUUUGGCGGGCAAGGAAUGGGGCUGUAUGGGAGGCAGCCUUGCCCAGGCCGCAGAAAAUAAUUGCAAUGGCAUCAUCAGCUGUGAACGCCUGGAAAUUAGCCCAUCCUGGUCUGCAUUCGCUACACACCUCCACGACGUCACCCGGCCGAGUUGCUACCGUGGUGGAUACUCACACGGCUGCAGCAGAUUUCUCGGCAACGCCCAACAACAUUGCUGCCAUGCAGAAUACAUUACAACCGCCGACGCAAAGCAUGGAACUCCGAACUACACGAGAUAUAAGGAAUCAGUGUUACUUCGAUGCGGCAUACGACCCACAGACGAACAAAACGGCGGUAGGAGCUAUUAUUCUAGAUUCGCAAGGACAUUAUAUUUCGGCUAUGACUGCCCCUAUGAGAGACUGUUUUUCACCACUAAUGGCGGAGGCCUAUGCAUGCAAGGAAGUUUUGUCGUGGCUAAGAAGUCGCGAAAUAAAGUCUAUCGAUCUCUUCACGGAUUGUUUGGUACUUCAGCAAUACCUAUCAUCUAUGACACACUCGUCAAGAUCGUACUUGGGAUAUGCCAUUGAUAGCUGCAGGACUAGUAUAUUAUCUUUCGAUUAUUGUUUACUUCAUUAUGUUCCUAGACUAGAUAAUUAUUUAGCUCAUACUUUAGCAUCUACUGCUUUAUCUCAGUCAGCUACUUUGUACUCGGACUACGAUCCGCCAGCAUCUAUUUCUGCAUAUUUUCAAUAA